AUGUGUGUUGUAUGUCAAAGCACAGAUGGUGAUCCAUUAAAUCCAAUUGUGUUUUGUGAUGGUUGUGAUUUGAUGGUUCAUGCUUCUUGUCAUGGGAAUCCUCUUGUUAAAGCUAUACCAGAAGGUGAUUGGUUUUGCGAACUCUGUAUCGGAUCGAAGAAGAACCGAGAGAAGAAGCUCUUCUCUUGCUGUUUGUGUACAACCAAAAGUGGAGCGAUGAAGCCGACGAAAGAUGGAUUACAAGGAGGAAACUCAUUAGAAAGGAGGAAACUCAUUAGAAAUCUCAUCGCUUUCUCUGUAUUCUUUGAGAUAAUUGCAGUGGUUUAUGCAAUUAUGACAAUAAGAAAUGAGGAUUUGGAUUGGAAACUAAGGAGUUUCAGGAUCUUGCCAAUGUUUCUUUUACCUGCUCUUGCUUCUCUUGCCUAUUCUUCAAUCGUGACCGCAGAGAUCAAAACACCUUGGAAAAGCUUCAAGCAGAAUUGCUGGGAAAGAUCAAUGAGUUAA